AUGAAUUCAUAUACUCUAACACAAAUUUCGGACACCACUAAUAUCUAAAAUAUAGGUAUUUGGGUACCACUUACACUCACAAAUAAAGAGAUUCUAAUCAAAUGAAAAAUUAAUAACAUAUAAUAAAUCAAAUAUCUAAAUUGAUGUUAUAUUCAUCUAUUUAAACCAGUUUUAAUUUUUAUGUUUUUCAAGUGUAUUAAUUGUGUAAAGGUGACGCCUUAAGUGUUUAAGUCAAUAAAGAGUAAUUUUUGAACCAGACACCUAAUAAGAAGUGUCAAACAAGUGUCCAGGUGUAUCGGUGUUGAAAACAUAUAUGAAACAACGACACUUCAAACAAGCAAGGCCUCCGUGUUUCAUAGGUUUAAUGUUCGCACGCAUUCACUUAAGUUACCUACAACAUUCUUUUAUGUUUUAGUGAUUAAAAGAGGAAGUGUGACAUUGGUUUCAACUUUGAAGAGAAAAAGAAAUGAAAAUAAUUAUUGAUUAAACCCUGUAUAGAAAGUCCUAGAAAUCUUGUUUUCUGAUUUGGAUUUCUUUGUGUUCCUCUUAUUUGCUCCCUGUGAUCCAAUGGAACUCAAAAAAGGGUUACUUGUGUUCUUUUUGCUGCUGGAGUGUGUUUGUUACAAUGUGGAAUCCAAGUGUGUGAAGGGAUGUGAUGUAGCUUUCGCUUCCUACUAUGUCAGUCCGGAUUUAAGCUUAGAAAAUAUAGCGCGGUUGAUGGAAUCAAGCAUUGAAGUUAUAAUCAGCUUCAAUGAAGACAAUAUAUCGAAUGGUUAUCCGCUAUCCUUUUACAGACUCAAUAUUCCAUUCCCCUGUGACUGUAUUGGUGGUGAGUUUCUGGGGCAUGUGUUUGAGUACUCAGCUUCUGCAGGUGACACCUAUGAUUCGAUUGCGAAAGUGACAUACGCCAAUCUCACCACCGUUGAGCUUUUGCGGAGGUUCAAUGGCUAUGAUCAAAAUGGUAUACCUGCAAAUGCCAGGGUUAAUGUCACGGUCAAUUGUUCUUGUGGGAACAGCCAGGUUUCAAAAGAUUAUGGGAUGUUUAUUACCUAUCCACUCAGGCCUGGGAAUAAUUUGCAUGAUAUUGCCAAUGAGGCUCGUCUUGAUGCACAGUUGCUGCAGCGUUACAAUCCUGGUGUCAAUUUCAGCAAAGAGAGUGGGACUGUUUUCAUUCCAGGAAGAGAUCAACAUGGAGACUAUGUUCCCUUGUACCCGAGAAAAACAGGUCUUGCUAGGGGUGCUGCAGUUGGAAUAUCUAUAGCAGGAAUAUGCAGUCUUCUAUUAUUAGUAAUUUGCUUAUAUGGCAAGUACUUCCAGAAGAAGGAAGGAGAGAAAACUAAAUUGCCAACAGAAAAUUCUAUGGCGUUUUCAACUCAAGAUGGUACGGUCUCUGGAAGUGCAGAAUAUGAAACUUCAGGAUCCAGUGGGACUGCUAGUGCUACUGGCCUCACAGGCAUUAUGGUGGCAAAAUCAAUGGAGUUCUCAUAUCAAGAACUAGCCAAGGCUACAAAUAACUUUAGCUUGGAGAAUAAAAUUGGUCAAGGUGGAUUUGGAGCUGUCUAUUAUGCAGAACUGAGAGGCGAGAAAACUGCAAUUAAGAAGAUGGAUGUGCAAGCAUCGACAGAAUUUCUUUGCGAGUUGAAGGUCUUAACUCACGUUCAUCACUUUAAUCUGGUGCGCUUGAUUGGAUAUUGUGUUGAGGGAUCCCUUUUCCUUGUAUAUGAAUAUAUUGACAAUGGAAACUUAGGCCAAUAUUUGCAUGGUACAGGGAAAGAUCCUUUGCCAUGGUCUGGUCGAGUGCAAAUUGCGCUAGAUUCAGCAAGAGGCCUUGAAUAUAUUCACGAGCACACUGUGCCUGUGUAUAUCCAUCGUGAUGUAAAAUCAGCAAAUAUAUUAAUAGACAAGAACAUCCGUGGAAAGGUUGCAGAUUUUGGCUUGACCAAACUUAUUGAAGUUGGAGGCUCCACACUUCACACUCGUCUUGUGGGAACAUUUGGAUACAUGCCACCAGAAUAUGCUCAAUAUGGUGACAUUUCUCCAAAAGUAGAUGUAUAUGCUUUUGGAGUGGUUCUUUAUGAACUUAUUUCUGCAAAGAAUGCUGUUCUAAAGACAGGUGAAUCUGUUGCUGAAUCAAAGGGCCUUGUAGCUUUGUUUGAAGAAGCACUUAAUCAGAGUAAUCCUUCAGAAAGUAUUCGCAAACUGGUGGAUCCUAGGCUUGGCGAAAACUAUCCAAUUGAUUCAGUUCUCAAGAUUGCUCAACUUGGGAGAGCUUGUACAAGAGAUAACCCACUACUACGCCCGAGUAUGAGGUCUAUAGUUGUUGCUCUCAUGACACUUUCAUCACCUACUGAGGAUUGCGACACUUCCUACGAAAAUCAGACUCUCAUAAAUCUACUGUCUGUGAGAUGAAGGUUCUUUAUAACGAUUACACCAUGUUUUUAAUGACUUUUGGAAGCACGUUGUGCAUUGUUUGACAAGUUUGUACAUGCAUGAAUGGAGUUGAGAUUUUUGUAAAUGAGUUUUCUACAAUUUUCUUCUAUCUGAUUUGAAAACCCCUGUUUUGACUCCUAAUAGAAGGUUUUUUUUUAAGG